UCGUCUCUUCUGGGCAAUGGUGCAUCCGGAGUAACUACCCCCUCCCUGAUCAACAAAGUAAUGAGAUCCUCCAGGCGAUUAAGGAGCUCAUCCAUUCCUGGAUGCCUUCUCCCACGAUAUCGUCUGCUCGAGGCAGCAUUUCUUGCCCUCUUUUCUUGCGAAAGUUUGGACCCUGUUUUCAGGUCGAUAUCUAGUAGAAUAAAAGAGGACGAAUCCCUGCUAUGUAUCAGUAGAAAUACACACAAAGGAAGAAUCUUGAGACAUACAUUAUUCUUCGAUGAAUUUCCUUUAUCAAGACUCUCGGUCGAAAUUAUGUUUUGGGAGGAAAAUGUCUCUUGA